AUGAAGGAAAUGAGUUCCUUAUAUUAAUUUUCAUCUGAGAAAGUUGAUUUAAGUAAGAUGAUAGAAAAUGAUGAAUAAUUAUCCUAUGGAUAUGGAAUAUGGACAAGGUAUAAUCCAUUAAGUACAAUAUCUUAAGUAGGUGUUGUAAGUUUAUUUGAUAGUGAUUGUUAUAAUAUACAUAAUGUAGUUGAUGUCUGGAUUACCCACUUUAAAAAAUUAAGAAGAUAAUAUAAUUUAUAGAUAAUGAAGGUAAAGAAUAGAAAUUUGAAUUGAGUUUAGAUAGUUUUGAGUAUGAAAAUGUUUGGUUUUACUUGGAGUUAUAAUAAUGGUCAAGAUUGAAAAGAUUUUAGUUAAUGAUAAUAUAAUAAGAUAAAGCAAAGUUAAAAAGUAGUUUAGAAAUUGAACAUCCUUUCAAUAAUUUAUUAAAUUUUGGUGGAGGAUUGAAAGUACAAAAAUCUUUAAUCUCAUCUAUAGAAAUAGGAAAAUUAUUUUCAUACUUUCCUGGUAAGAUGAUCUAAUCUAAAUUUGCUUUUAUUCAAUAAUCUCCAGAUUUAGAUUUUAAAGCAAUAGCUAUUGAUGCAUUCUAACCAUAUAUAAACUGUUUAUGUAUUAAUAGUAAGAUUUUUUAAAUUUCAGAUUUUGAUUUUUAAAAUAUGGAUUAGAAAGUUUUAUUACCAGAUUAAGCAAAUUGUGAUAGCUUUACUUUAUUUGGAUGGUUUAAGAUUAUAGAAGUUAUUUAAGAAUCAGAUACAUUUAUAUAUUAAUUUAUAAAAUUGACAUCUAAUUAUGAAGGUUUAUUAUAGGAUCCAAAUUUAUCUCCAUUUUAAUUAUUGUAUAAAAUAUCUCCUAAUGGUAAUUAAAUAAUUACAACUACAUAUAGUUAUAAUUUUCCAUCAGUUAUUAUUAAUUUUGAAGAGAAUCCAUUUCUUAUGACAAAUAAUUUCGAUAUUGAAAAUUUAUAGAAUUAUUGGCAUUUUGUAAAUGUAUAAAUGAUAGGAAGAAACUUUAAAAUUUUGAUAAAAUUUUAUAAUGUAGAUAAAUUUAUUGAAUUUUAAGUUCAAAAUGAAGUGAUGCAAUUUAAUAACUUAUAAUUAAAGUUGGUUAUUGGUAAUAUUAAAUAAAAUAAAUUGGAUUAUUUAAAUGUUUAAUCUAGAAAUUUAGUUUUAUAUAAUUGUGCAUAAACAAUUAAUUAAAAUUAUUGUCAUUAUAGUUGUGAUACAUGUGAUGGUCCAACAAAAUUUGAUUGUAUAUCUUGUUCAAUUGAAUCACAAAGAAUUUAUCUUUCUUAAUUCAAAGCUUGUAUAUGUCCAUAUGAUACUGUAGAUGAGAAAAUCUGUAAAUAAUAUUAGGAUUAUUAAUUAAUUAGUAUAGAUGGAGAUGAAUAGAUUAAUAUAUUAUGUUAAUAUGGUUAUUAUGAAUAUUCAGGUGACUGUUUAAAAUGGUAAUUAUAUAAAUUAUUAUACUUUUAGUCCAUCUAUUAUAAAAGAUAAUGUAAUAUAUUGUAUAGAAUGUAUAUAAAAUCCAAAAAGUUGGAGUACAAAUCCAACUUGUUUAUAUGAUAUAUAUUUAAAUGCCAAUGGAGAUACAUAAUAAAAGUUUUCGUAUUAUGAAGAAUACUUUCUAUUUGAUGGAGAGAAUCUUAAUUAUUGUGAAUUUUGUAAUUAAUCAUAUUCUUUUGUUGUUGAUGAAUAUAAUAUUGAUGAAGAAAUUGAUUAUUAUGUACUUUAACAAUAAGAAUGUGGAGAUAAUGAAUAUAAAUGUUCAUUUUGUGUUUUAUCUGUAAGUGAAAGAUUAUGUAUUAGAUGCAGUAUAGGUUAUAAAAUGAUAGAUUAAAAGUGUAUCAAAAAUAUUGAAGAUUAAAUUUAUUGUCCUUAUCCAAAAUAUUUGACAUCAAGAUGA